CUAGAGCAAUCACAGUAACUAGCAAACAUUCUUUCAAGAAACUCAAUACAGAAAUACAAAAACUUAAGAACAUGGGAACCUCGGUUAGGUUGAGGCAUUGGCCUCAACUCAUCUAUGCAAUUGCAUUUUGCUUAAUUGCUACCAGUGUAGCUGCCGAUGAUGAUAAGCCUUACUAUGAAGGCAAACCAAACAAUUACUAUCCCACACCACCAAGUCAUGGACAACAACCACCAUAUUAUUUCAAACAACCUCCAUAUUACUACAAGUCUCCACCCCCACCAUCUCCUUAUGUUGAAAAAUUUCCUCCAUAUUACUACAAAUCCCCUCCACCUCCAUCACCUUCUCCUCCCCCGCCAUACGUUUACAACUCACCACAACCUCCAUCCCCUUCACCUCCACCUCCAUAUAUCUACAAGUCACCGCCUCCUCCUUCUCCUUCACCUCCCCCACCAUAUGUCUAUAAAAGUCCACCACCACCCUCUCCAUCACCACCUCCUCCAUAUGUCUACAAGUCUCCUCCUCCACCAUCUCCUUCACCACCCCCACCAUACGUUUAUAAGUCACCACCACCACCAUCUCCAUCACCUCCUCCUCCAUAUGUUUACAAGUCACCGCCUCCUCCUUCUCCUUCACCUCCCCCACCAUAUGUUUACAAGAGUCCACCACCACCAUCUCCAUCACCACCACCUCCAUAUAUCUACAAGUCACCUCCACCACCAUCUCCAUCACCACCACCUCCAUAUAUCUACAAGUCACCUCCUCCACCAUCUCCCUCACCACCUCCACCAUAUGUAUAUAAGUCACCACCACCUCCAUCUCCAUCACCACCACCUCCAUAUAUCUACAAGUCACCUCCUCCACCAUCUCCCUCACCACCUCCACCAUAUGUAUAUAAGUCACCACCACCUCCAUCUCCUUCACCUCCACCACCAUAUGUCUAUAAGAGUCCACCACCACCUUCUCCAUCACCCCCACCACCAUAUGUCUACAAGUCACCUCCUCCACCAUCUCCCUCACCACCACCUCCAUAUGUCUACAAGUCCCCUCCCCCACCAUCACCCUCUCCUCCCCCACCAUACGUCUAUAACUCCCCACCACCUCCAUCCCCUUCACCGCCUCCUCCAUAUGUAUACAAGUCACCACCUCCACCAUCUCCAUCCCCACCCCCUCCAUAUGUCUACAAGUCCCCGCCCCCACCAUCUCCCUCACCACCACCCCCAUAUGUUUACAAUUCUCCACCCCCACCAUCUCCUUCACCUCCCCCACCUUAUGUCUAUAAGUCACCACCUCCUCCCUCAUCCUCACCGCCUCCUCCAUACUACUAUAAAUCUCCACCUCCACCUUCUCCAUCACCUCCUCCACCAUAUGUGUACAAGUCACCUCCCCCACCUUCACCUUCACCGCCGCCUCCUUAUGUUUACAAGUCUCCACCUCCACCAUCUCCAUCACCUCCUCCAUAUCAUCCCUACCUCUAUAACUCACCCCCACCUCCCGUCUAUUAAACUUCUGGUUAAAGCCAUUUGAAAUUUUUCAAUGAAUUAUGUUAAACAUUGUUGUGUUCAUUUGUAUUUAAGAUUUUAUUUGUUAAUAAAACAACCUAUAUUGAUUUUAUAGCCUUAUUUUGGUUGUAGAGUAAUUGUGUUUGUAUGGUGCUAAUUCAUAAGUCUAUAUUAUUAAUUUCCUUUAGAUGUUUUAGAAAUU